UUAUAUCAUUUUGUGAAUCUUAGCAGUCUCCGGUGGGAGGGUGAAGAAGAAGGAGGUAAUUUCUGUCAUUAUUGUGUCUGUUCGCGGUGUUUCAAGUUCAGGGAUCAGGAGGGAGAUUUUAUAUACCUGGAAACAUGUCUUCAGCGCUUGAGCAAAUUCUGCUGAAACUCCUGGUGCCUGACAAUGUGGUAAUACAACAGGGCACUGAUGAACUGAAGCAAGCCCUGAAGAACCCUGGAGUUGUGCCAGAGCUAUGUUCUGUUCUUACAACUUCCCCAAACCCACAGGUUCGACAGUUUGCAGCUGUGCUACUCAGACGGCUGGUCCGAAGAUGGAAGAAAUUCUCUCCAGAUUUCCACAAUAGCCUGAAACUAAUUUCAUUGCAAGUUUUGCAACAUGAAACUGAGAGAGUUGUUCGUAACAGCGUGGCUCAGCUAGCAGCGGCCAUUGCUCGCUAUGAGCUUGCUGAUCAGAAAUGGCCGGAGAUCCUACAGUAUAUACAGGAGGGUGCCGCCAACCCCAAUCCACAACAGAGAGAGCUUUCUGUCCUUCUUCUGAGCUGUAUUGUGAGUACAUCUGCCAACCACUUACGACCUUUCUACAAGGGACUCUUCCACAUGUUUGAUACCAUGCUCCAAGACACACAGAGUAAGAAUGUGCCAUUCUAUGCAGUCAAAACAAUGACAGCUCUGGUUCACUAUACAGGCACAGAUGAAAUACCCCUGUUCAGACCACUCAUCCCCAAGGUGUUAGCAGUCAUCGGUCAGCUGCUGGUCAGAGAUGAAGACCAGGGAUGCGAGGCCAUGGAGGUCUUUGAUGAGCUGGUCGAGUGCGAGGUCUCCAUCAUCGUACCCCAUCUCAAAAGUGUCCUCGAGUUUUGCUGUCAAGUGAGUCCUUGA